AUGGAGGUGUUGAGUCGUUGGUCCUCAUUUGAUCAGCUGGUUGCAGCCGUACAAACCUGUGUGCUUCCAGCCGGCACAAGGCUGGUUCAAAUCACAGAUGGCUGUGUGUGCCUCACAGUUCAAGCUGAAAGUUUAUCAGCUCUUAAACUUUUGUGGAAGUUGUAUCAGGAUGGAACCCUUCAAAAACAUCUGCACGAUUUCUUUGUCACUGAUGAGGUGAGAGAACUCGCCGAUGGAGAGGAUGUGGAGGUGAAUGUUACCAUCGAUGAAGGCGAAUAUCAGAAAGCUUGUGUCGAGCUCAUACAAGGGGCCCAAGGUGACCUUGCAUUGCUAUGUUUGACUCAUUUUUUAGCGAAUUUAUGAGCCCGGAUUUCCAUACGGAUCGUGUUAAGUGUCCCUUGAUGCAUAUCUUUUUUCGUUUCCGCGUAUUAAUGUAUUUGUGGCUGUUCACUAAAUAGAUUGUCAACCUUACCACCCUUAAUCUUGCAAGUCCGAAAUAAGAUACUGGCACCAUUUUUCAGCAAUUUAACUAAAGUUUUUAUCUGUUCCUUCUGCUUAUUUAUAGUGCGUUCAUUUGAAGUCAAAGUUAUCGUGCUAAUAAUAUAAGUUUUAAAGUUACCAUUAUUGAUUUUUAUUCUACUACUUUUAGGAGGUGCAACGAUUGACAGUGUUGAAAGAAGAAGGCGAAACUCUGAUUCAGCUGUGUAUUUCAACGCAAAAGAAUUACCAUUGUCGAGGCUUGAAUGUCUAGAAACUGAAUUAAAAUAUCUUCACAACAGAAUUACGCUUCUGGAGGAAAAAAACCAGAAUUUGGGAUCGCACUCUUUGGGGAAAGUGGAAAUCGCACCUUUAGGAUCACACGAUGAAAGUUUUGGUAAGAACUGAUUGUGAAAUUCAACCCUAUAGCCUUGAGUGUGGUUGUUUGUUCGUUUUUCUUGUUGUUUUGUGUUUUGCCGUUGUCAUGAAUUACCAUCCUCAGCAUUUCCUUUUGAUUGUUAUGUUACCAAGUUCCCUAAAAAAUGAAAACUUAGAUCACCACUGAAAACCGCCUUGGCGAGUUUGAUCCCCUCAUUGCAUAUAAUUAUCACUAUUAUUGCUAUUAUUAUUGUUAUUAUUAUCAUAUUUAUUAUUAUCAUUAUUAUUAUCAUCAUUAUUACCAUAGUUAUCACGGCUCUAACUGUGAGGUAAUCUGUCUUAGAUGGCAAACCAUGGAACCCCACGACAAUGGAGAAAGACAUUAUAAAGAUGGAAGGAUCAGAAAGACGCGAAAGUAAACUAUCAAUGAAAUUAAUGGGCGCAGAAAAAAUGGAUUUUGUGCAGAGGUAUAUAGAAAAUGUGCAAGAGACAUAUAGCUUGACGACUGAGGCAAGUGACAGUGGUUUGGGAGCACGCACUGCUGUGUCCGAAGAGGAAACAGAAGACGUGAGAGGUAAAACUGAUUUAACUGUCGUUUCGGUUGUUAUUUUUAAUGAAACAAUGUUAACGGUGACUCGUUGCAAAGAGCAAAGCGGGAAAGGAGGAGGAAUGACAAUCACAGCUUAUCGCGAGAAGUCAAAUCCAAAUUUGCGUUUGAAGAAGAAAGAAGUAUUUUCAUUUUUGUUUUCAUUUUAAUUUACACGCAGUUUUGGGCGUAGCACUCGAGCCGCAAAAAAGAACAUCAAUAUUGCUUUUCGUUUAUCCAAUGAAAAUAAACCUUUAAGAAGACCAACAUAGGGUACGGCUCAUUACCAUAAUCACAACCUUUGCAAAAAGUGUUCUCUUCUGAAAAGAUGUGGCCCCCUUUUCACCCCGUCGACAGCCAUUUAGGCCGUUCAUGCAGCCAAAAUAAUCACUCGACAACGACUAUUUAAUCAUCAACAGACGAACAUUAUGCUGCGUGGUGAUUCGCCUAGGCAGACAACCAUUGAGAACUUUUAAUGCGCUUAGGGAAAACAAAAAUGUUUCCAACAAUAAAGGUGAACGUUUUAAAAACUACUUCACUAUUUGUUUUAUUUUAUGGACAUUUUCUGCCCAAGCAUAAAAAAAAUGUCUCAUCCAUCAGAAAAUGCUACAUCACACCCCAUGCAUUAUGAAAACAAUCCGUCCGUCAAAAGUCGCUCUUUUCGGUCCCAAAAGUGGCCUUAGUAGAGAAAUACAACGUAAUCAAAUUUCUAAUCGUUAUUUUUCCUUUUAACCUUAUUCAGAUUCCAGUACAAUUUGCGUUAAAGAUCUGGGGGAAAAGUCAAUAAAUGAAGUGGAUCGGAAACUUUCUGCUGAUACAGUUGGGUUGGAAAGGGUUUUUCGAUUUUUUGGUCUUAAAGUGGACUUUAGACCUUCCAGUCAUGUUUCUUGUAUGAGGCAGAUUGCACAUAGCUUUCCGAACACUCCUGUUGACCUAAUGAGGCAAUGUUUCGAGGCACUUCAAAUGUAUGAUCUUGUUGACCUUCUGGAGAAGGCGGUGAAAACAAUUUCACUUCGUCCUGUCCUUUCCUCGGGAGAAGUCGAGACGUUACGCACUGGUAAUCUUCCCACAAAGUCUCACAAUAACGUGGUAGUACUGGUAGUAAAUGACAGUGCGAACAAAGACCUCAAUCAAAAGAUUGAGGGGUUUUUUAAAGAAUUAAAUUCACAGAACGAUGUCACUGUAAUUGGAUCUUCCAGGUCGGAAGAAAAGCUCAAGGAACUGAGGGAUUUGAAACAGAACCAAAUGGAUUUGAAACGGAAGCAAAUGGAUUUGAAACGGAAGCAAAUGGAUUUGAAACGACUAAGCGAGGUGGACAAAAUGAGGAAAGAUUUUUGGCCUAAAAGCAGAAAACUUAGAUGGGAUAAUGAGGUCUCUGAGAUAAAGUUUGAAAUCGCACAGCUUGAAAAAGAAAUAGCAAUGAACAAACCGCUUGUGGAGGAGCUACUGAAAGAGAAUGAGGAGACUAAGACGAUCAUAACAUCUACAAUGGACAACUGGAUUCAGAAUCAAGGUUGGUUGUAAACUACUUUCUAAGCAUAACAGAGUAUCGACUGUGUGAAAUAAUUAAUUGUAUCAAGGUUUGAAACACAAAAGAAACAAACCUCGAGGCUCAUACGUCUGAGAGCAGUUUAAAGGAUAUGAGGAAUUGGCCCACAUGACAUGUGAUCUGGUUUCGUUAUCAUUUCGCCAAAGUAAAACAUGCUAAACACAGGAACCAAAAGAACGGCGUAAAAUGAAUUUUAACUAGCAUUGAUUUUAAUUCCAUAACACGAUAAGUGUAUCUUCAUUUCUCACUGGCUCAGUUAAGAUGUUUCCUCGUAAAAAUAAGAUGUCGAACAAUUUUUCUUAAACUUUCCUUAAAUGUCCCUCACCAAUGUCUGUUUCGAAAAUGAAAUUAAAAAAGGUGCUUGUUUAAGAGAUAUGAUGGGCCAAACUUACCCCAUUUGUGCCUGUUCUGACACUAAUCACGCGCUUCAUUUCAUUGGUUCACAGUACGUUUUGCAGCUGAAAACAAUGGUUUUUAAAGUAACACCAGACAAAAUUCGAUAGGUAGAAAGUCUCGAGCGUAUGGAACAAUUUGAUAUAUAGUUUGUGGGGAAAUCACGCAAAUUUAAACGACAUCGACUCAAAAAGUUCCCCGAGCCGUUCCUUUCAAUGUCAUAAUUUGCAUAGUUUUAACCAUCUUUUUUCCCUUCAAAUAAUUUUUUGUUAAUGCCCCAAUUUAAAGGGGGUAAUUUGUACUCCAAAAUUACGCAAUAGAAAAUAUAGGUCAUCGUGCUCGUUCAAGAGCUGAAGACUAUCGUACCUUUUUACCUGGUCCAUUAAUUAAAAAAGAAUACCAUGUUGUCACAAUGCGCGCGCUUAUUAGCCUGAUUACGUGAUUCCUAUGCGCACAAGUACAGAAUGCGCAGUGCGAUACUGAGGAAUCACCUUAACACCCCUCUGUCUAGGACAAUGAGAGAAAGAUUAUGCAUUAACUAUAUGUCAGUGACACAAAUUCGUAUUGAGACAAGCUUUUUGGCUUGGUGUCGUCUGUAAUUGCUUGUUUUUCUUAGUCUCUGUUCUUUUUGUUUAUAUUUUAUUGUUGUUAUUUUCUUUCAACAGAGAAAUUCACUGCAAUUUUUUUAGCUUUCAUCAUCGAUGAAGAGAUAUCAAUUUACGAUUAUGAUGUUUUAUCAGAAUGUGUGGCGUCCAAGUUGUCAUCGCUUCCGUAUCACACGAAAAUCGUAGUUGAUGCUCCGAGGAGGAGAAUCAUAGAUAAGGUUCCUGAGAUGCUAUCUAUUGGUUCUCCAGUCAGGCCAAUAAGCCCCUCGAUCUUCAAUUCGAUGAUUGAGAUUUUCAUCAAGCGAUACCACAAAGUGGAUCUCGUCUCAAUGAUGAGAGAAUUAUUAAGAACAAAUCCAGAACUAAAUUAUACGUCAGGUAUGAUUGACAUCCAAAGCAAUCUUUCUACUCUUCCAAGUUUUGAGAAAAGGAAAGAACAGGAGCUCGAACGACGCUAAUCAUAUGUGAAUUAAACGAGACACUAUUUGAAAUAAGAAACAUUAUCAACAACUAAUAAGGGACCGUUCAUCCGAUCAUUAUUUAUCGCCUAGGGGGUGG